UUCAUCUGAACCUCAAAGUUAAUCUCAUAUAGUCUCGUCUGAAGCUCCGAUUUGAUUUAAAGCUCUGAUUUUAAUACAGAAACACAGACAUGUCUGCUGGACCUGGGUCGCUCUGCUCCACCUUGCUUUUUUUCAGCAUCCUCAUGUUUGUCUCUGCAGAUCAAAAGACCGUCUUAGCUGUGCCUGGACAGGACGUCACUCUGCCAUGUCAAGCUCCAGAUAACAAACCUGUUACAGGUGUAAAGUGGAGCAGACAAGACAUCAGAGAUAAAAAUGUCUUUUUGUACCACAAGAAGCAUUUUGAUACCACCAACCAGCAUCCAUUUUUUAAGAACCGGGUGGAUCUGAAGGACAGACAGAUGAAGGAGGGAGACAUGUCUUUGAUUCUGAAGAAUGUGAUAGAUGCUUGUAAUGGAAAAUACCAGUGUCAUGUCUUCAUUGAAAAAACACGCUCGUGGAAAUCCAUUAGAACCAUCAGACUGGGUGUUGUUCCUCCAGGUAAACUGGGGAAAAUUAUUGGCGGGGUCGUUGGUUUGGUAGUUGCCAUUGCGGUUGCUGGUUGUGGUUAUCUGAUGUGCAAAAAAGAUAAAACACAAGAAACCCCGAAUCCAGAGUAGCCUCUUGCAGGCCAGCAGCAGACUGAAAUGGCUCAGAGCUCCUGACGGCUCGACUCCGAGUCUCCUGCUGCUGCUCCAUAAUCCUGCGUUGAUGCCAACCAUGGAGAAAGACACACCGAUCAUCAUCUUCAGACAUCAGACCAACAGUGUGUGUCUGUGCUGUCUGUCAGUGACUCUGGGCUACAGUUUAUUCAUCUUCAGGCUGUUACUCAGAUUUACUGACACAAAGUCAAACUGUGUUACAAAUAAACAUGAAUUUAUGAGUGUGUUUUUUAUUUUUUGAACCACACAAACAUCCUCAUAUAGAGAUCAGCUGUUACAGUUUAAUUACAGUAAUUAAAGUAAAGAUUUGUGUAGUGACAGACUCAAGCUCAGACAUCUCUCUGAUGUGAACCGUGAAGCAUGUUUCUCAUUUAUCAGACAGUUUCUGGCAGGUAAUUCAAAUAACGUAAAGUUCUUUAUCAUCGUCUCUGUUAAUAAAGAUUUGCAUUCAUGAA